AUGGAGCCUUCUCAUGCAGCUCAGCAUCAUCACCACUGGGCCGAUUUUCCCUGCUGGGAAGAGCUUUAUUACAGUUCAGUGAAUCCUGACCACUCGGUGGAUGUUGUUCCUCACCACUUGAAUCCACCUCCGCCCUUUAACAGUCGCCCUCCUCCUCGGCUAAUUCAACCUCUGCCGGAACGGUACCUUAAUCCUGUCGAAGCUACUGCUAAUUUAGGCUCCUCGAUAGAAUCAUCAGAAAGCAAAAAGGCCUCCCCGUUUUCAUAUACUAGCAAAGUCAAAAUCCGUGAAAAGUACCUCAUUGUCGGUUUUAUCAGCAGCGGCACAUACGGCCGUGUUUACAAGGCCAAAGGCAAAAAUGGCCAGGUAGGAGACUUUGCUAUCAAAAAAUUCAAGCCGGACAAGGAGGGAGAAAAGAUAGAAUACACUGGACUCUCUCAGUCGGCCAUCCGGGAAAUAUCUCUCUGCACUGAACUGAAUCACCCUAAUGUUGUUCGUUUGGUGGAAACCAUACUGGAGGAUAAAUGCGUUUAUAUGGUGUUUGAGUACACGGAGCAUGACCUCCUGCAAAUCAUUCACCAUCAUACGCAACCUCAACGACAUGCAAUCCCCGCCCCAAUGGUCAAAUCGAUUCUCUUCCAGCUUUUAAAUGGACUGCUGUACCUUCACACCAAUUGGGUCAUGCACCGCGAUUUGAAGCCAGCAAAUAUUCUUGUUACUUCCAAAGGUGCUGUUAGAAUUGGUGAUCUUGGGCUUGCUCGGGUGUUUCGCAAGCCUCUGAACACACUGUUCUCCGGGGACAAGGUUGUUGUGACCAUCUGGUACCGCGCGCCUGAAUUACUCCUUGGAACUCGACAUUACACCACUGCCAUUGACUUGUGGGCCGUUGGUUGCAUUUUUGCUGAGCUCCUUUCUCUACGCCCCAUAUUCAAGGGCGAGGAAGCAAAGAUGGAUAGCAAGAAGACCGUCCCUUUUCAGCGUAAUCAAAUGCUGAAAAUCAUUGAAAUCCUUGGCUUACCUAAAAAGGAAAUAUGGCCGGGAUUGGCCUCAAUGCCGGAGUUCCCCCAACUUCAAGCACUAUCCAUGGCCUCCGGAUCUGGUCAUUUACAUCAACCGUCCACUCUGGAGCAUUGGUAUACCGUCUGCCUUAAAUGCGGUGGCUAUGCUACGAACUCCCCCGCCGGCACUCCGGGGAAAGAGGGAUUUGACCUGCUUUCGCGAUUGCUUGAGUACGACCCAGACAAACGAAUCACAGCGAAAGAAGCUCUGUCGCACCCUUACUUUACCACUGGCACACCCGUGACGAAAGAUUGCUUUGAAGGGUUUGAGGGCAAAUAUCCCAACCGGCGGGUAAGCCAGGACGAUAAUGAUAUUCGGACUAGCAGUCUUCCAGGAACCAAGAGGAGCGGCCUACCAGACGACACCUUAACCGGUAGGGCGGCAAAGCGGGUUAGGGAGAUGUGA